UACACACUUUCCUUCCCACUUUCCUCCAUAAAACAACAUUUUCCUUCCAAUUUCUUUCACCUCCAAAUCUCACCUCCCUUCCUAAUUUUCCUUCACCUCCCCCCCUUUUCCUCCCCUCCUUCGGAAACAUAGUGUAAGAAAGAAAGAUGAAAUCUGUGUUGUUUUUUUCCUCUUUUCUCCACUCUUUUUUUUUUUCUCCUCCUCCCCCCUCCUCCAAAACAAGAGCUGAAAUAGAUCAUUUAUAGUAAAAAUGACGAGUCACGUGUCAUUUGUUGAUUGGUCAUUGUUGGGGCUGAAAUUGUGUUGCCUCUUUCUGAUUGGUCGAAUUUAAGGCCGCAUCUCAGGCCUCCACCUACUAAAGUCGGUUCUGACUUGUCAGGGCCUGUUAUGGAUAUGGUUAUCCAAUUGGCUUCGGGCCGAGUUGGGCCUGCAGUUACGGGCCUGAGUAUGGGCUUGGUCUAGUCCUGAACCUGGACUCAGUUUUGGGCCGAACUGGGCUCCGUUUUGGGUCAAACUAGGCUCUCAUUAUGGGCUUUAACUAACUGAUUCUUCAUCUUCUCUUUUUUUUUUUGCAGGUGCAUUGCUGAUGGUCUUCCACCACCGUGUCUUCUCCUCCCUCCAUCGUCUCCUCACCAACGAAUCAAUAGUCCUACAACACCAACCUCCGCCGCCGUCGCUGCAACCAACGCCAGUUAACUCAGAUCACCUAAUUCGAGUCUGCACGAUCCUCUUUCAACAACAAACCUUUCCAGACUCCAAGCUCCAAUCCAAGCUCUCUACCUGCGACUUCCAGCUUACCCACGAGUUCUUCCUCCAAGUGUGCAACAGAUUCCCUUUCUCCUGGCGUCCAGUCCACCGCUUCUUUCAGUACAUUCAGCAAACACCUUCCCUACAUAACAAUUUCGCCCACACCUCCGUCUCCUUCAAUAAGAUGCUCGAUGUCUACGGCAAGGCGAGAAACAUGGAUCUGCUCUGGGAAACGGCUCAGCAGGCAGGCCAAUUGGGGUUGGUGAGCGACAGAACGUUCGUGAUUGUUCUCAGAACUCUGGCCUCCGCGAGGGAGCUGAAGAAGUGCGUGCAGUUUUUCCACUUGAUGAAUGAUUCAGGGGUUGAAUACAGCUUGCAGAGGUUGAACAAGGUCGUGGAGGCUCUGUGUCGAGAUGGGCUCAUGGAGGAGGCCAAGUACGUGACUUUGAAGCUUAAGGACACCAUUCCCCCAGAUGGGUUCACUUACGGGUGCCUGAUUAAAGGAUUCUGCGACAUCGGUGACAUGAUUGAAGCGUCAAAGGUCUGGAAUUUAAUGGAGGAGGAUGGGUUCGAUCCGGAGAUCCAAGUGUUCGAGAAAAUGAUCGAGACGUUCUUCAAAAAGAACGAGGACACUGAAGCCGUGAAAGUGUUCCAAACCUUACGAGUUAACAGGAUGGAAGAACUAGGACUCUCGACUUACAACCUCGUCAUUUCAUGGUUCUGCAAGAAGGGCAAGCUCAGCCAAGCACAAAACUUGUUCGACGAAAUGCGGCAGAGAGGAAUUCAACCCGAUUGCGCAACGAUGGGAUCCCUUCUCUUCGUGCUGUCAUCAAGAGGCCGAGUGAACGAGGCCCAGAGAGUGCUGCAACAGAUCGAGAAACCGGACAUAGCCAUCUACCACGGACUGAUCAAAGGGCUGCUGAGCUCGAAAAGACCCAGAGAAGCAACAGAAGUCUUCAGGGAGAUGAUAAACAGAGGCUGCGAGCCCAUAAUGCAUACGUACGUGAUGCUGCUGCAAGGCCACUUGGGGAAGAGAGGGCGGAAGGGUCCCGACUCCACUGUGAACUUCGACACCAUUUUCGUUGGCGGGUUGGUGAAAGCUGGGAAGUCGCUGGAAGCUACCAAGUAUGUUGAGAGGAUACUGAAUGGCGGGAUGGAAGUUCCGAGAUUUGAUUACAACAAGUUUCUCCACUACUUCUCCAACGAGGAAGGAGUUGUUAUGUUCUUGGAGACGGCGAAGAAGUUGAGGGAGGUUGGAUUGGUUGAUUUGGCUUAUGUGCUUGGGAGGUAUGGGGAGAAAAUGGCCACUAGAGAUAGGCGAAGGAACAGAGAGGGUUAACUUGUUCUAAAACAAAGAGUUCACUUUUGUUUAGGUUUUAAAAUCGAGGAAUUUUGUUGAGAGAUCUACCUAUUUAUCAUUUUUCAACGCAUUUCUUUAAACAAAGAUUUCACUUUUCU